CAGAAAAGAGGGAGUCGCGCUCAAACAGUGAUCAUUGGGGAGCGCGCCGGGAUGCCGCGGUUCGCCGCCACGUCGUCCUGCCGUAGUCGCGCGCCGUGCCGGCCGCAGUCCGGCAACCGCCCCGAAGUGCACGUGCGUGCGCGCUGGGUUACCCGUGUGUGCGCGUGAGCCAUGGAGCUGCAACGACGUCGCAGCGGCGUGUCGCGACGCCGUCGAACCGCGUCGUCGCUGGACACUUGGGCAGCAACGUCGUCGUCGAGUGCGCCCCUGCCAGCCAUGGGCUGAUGCGUGCACAGCGCGAGGACACGGCGUGCCGCGUGUGUGUGUGUUGUUUUUCCGAGAGAAACAGCAAGUGAGCGAGAGAGAGAACCUUCGCUUUAUUUUUAUUUUUACUUGGUGGCUACAUCGACGACAACCUUCGUCUCCCGUGGUGGUGGGAAGACCGUGUAACAUCUCAUCAUCUGCCCAUAAGUUGCUACGGGCGCCACACACACCCCUCAUCGGCACUCGGAGUUCUUCAAGGACGGGAUCGACAUUUUUAGUGGUGACACCCCGUCGGGCGCUGUCGAGUUCCUCUUCCUCUUGGAGCCGUAGCGAAAAAAACCUGAGAACCAGAUCGACUUGAAACCGUCUUCUGCGCUACUUGUUUGGACACAGCCGCGCGAAACUUCCAAGAAAGCCGCUGCCAACCGUAACCGUCCCAGCUCAGCCGCAUCGUCGCGCACACUCGUGCGGCGUGCGCCCCAGCUCGGUGCCGUAAGCGCAGCGAGCGAUGAACGGCGGCGCCGGCCUCUACGAGGAGAGCCGCUCGAGCCUCGAGGCGCCCCAGCCGCUGCACAUCCCGGCCAAGCGGCUCGCGUACGGCCAGGCCGACUGCGCCGCCGACCCGAUGGCCGCCGGAGGCGUCAUCCGACAGUCGCCCUGGGCCUCGCCCUGGCCCGGCGCCGAGGCUGCCUUCGAGGCGCCGCACCACUACCAGCAAGGGGUACGCGACUCGGCCAGCUACUUCUACCCCGCGGCCGCCGACCGCAAGCCGUUCAACCUGUGGCCCGCGGCCGCCAAGGGCUACGAGCUGGGCCCGACGGCCGCCGCCGACGCGUGCCAGGCCUACUCGCAGGCCUGGUGCCCGUACCCGGCGGCGGCCGCGUACCCGGCGCCGCAGGCGGCCCGCGUCGUCGAGCCCAGCGCGGCCGCAGCCGCGUACCUCCAAGCGGCCGAAGAGCAGCAGCAGCAACAGCAGCAACAACACCGCGUGGUGCCUCCGCCGCCUCCACCGCCACCGCCGCACCCGGCGCCGCCGCCGCCGCCCCGCAGCGAUGCCUUCGCCGCGGCCUACUCGGACGGCUACGGCCUCAGGGCGGCCGCCGCGGCCGAGGCGCACGGACCGCCGCCGUACGUGCCCGUCAGCACCGAGAGUUACGGCAGACCAGGAAUCCGGUCACGGUACGGCGCGCAGUACGGGUUUGGCGCAUGCGCAGUGCCUGCUGUGAGCGAGUCGCUGACGGCCAACCCACUGGAGUGGACGGGCAACGUGACGGUGCGCAAGAAGCGUAAGCCUUACUCCAAGUUCCAGACGCUGGAACUGGAGAAGGAGUUUCUCUUCAACGCGUACGUGUCCAAGCAGAAGCGCUGGGAACUGGCGCGAAACCUCAACCUUACCGAACGCCAGGUGAAGAUCUGGUUCCAGAACCGCCGCAUGAAGAGCAAGAAGAACAGCCAGCGUCAGAACUCCGAGAACGCCGCCAACAGCCACCACAACGCCGCGGUCGUGGCGGCAAAGUAGCUGCUGGCCUGAGCAGACCUCCACCACCACCGCCACCUCAUCAUUCACAACCACCACUCCCUUUCUGCCGCACACGGAUGUCUACAGAGGGCGCGCGUUGCCUACCGCCGGCUACGCAGAGAAAACGGGGACGUCCGUUGUUGCCGCUCGAAGCCGAAGAACGUUGGCUGCCCAUCAAAAAUGAACGCAUUAAUUGGGGCAAAUAUCAGCGGACUUGGAUGAAUGCCUCAUUUGUAAGGAGCCUAGCUUUAGUGUGCAUAAAGCCUUCUUCGUUGUCAACAGCAUUACCUGUCUGCCAUCCAUUAUCGCUGGAGCUGCAGGAACUUCAUGCUGUCCUUAAAUGCGAUGAGCAGCAAAGUAAAUGCAUAUGUCUUAAUCGAAUCAUUCCCGGUGUAUGGUGCUCCGCUUCCUUGAUCGGUCUGUGCACAAAUCUCUACUCUCGAAA